GCCGAUGACGGAGAGCGACGGCGCCGGCUGCCGCCAUGGCGGCACGCGUGCUGAUGGCGCCGCGCAGACUGAAGCCCUUUAACAGACUGCAAGUAAUAUUACAGCAUUUGAAAACGUGUAAGCAUACCGAUUCUGCAGCUGAUGUUCUGUUGCAAAAGCAAGGAGGCGCAGGAAUAAUAACCUUGAACAGACCCAAGGUUCUCAAUGCACUAAGUUUCAAGAUGAUCCAACAAAUUUAUCCACAGAUAAAGGCUUGGGAGCAAGAUCCUGAAACUUUUCUAAUAAUUAUAAAGGGAACCGGAGAAAAAGCUUUUUGUGCUGGCGGCGAUGUUAGAGCUAUUGCAGAUGCAGGAAAAGCUGGAGAUACAAUGACACGAGAUUACUUCAGAGAGGAAUAUAGACUGGACAAUGCCAUUGGCACUUGCAAGAAGCCAUAUGUUGCCCUUAUUGAUGGCAUUACAAUGGGAGGGGGAGUUGGGCUCUCGGUGCACGGACAUUUCCGAGUUGCGACCGAAAAGACAGUUUUUGCAAUGCCAGAAACAGCAAUAGGCCUUUUCCCUGAUGUAGGUGGAGGUUAUUUCCUGCCAAGGCUUUCAGGAAAGAUUGGCCAUCUCCUUGCACUGACAGGAUUCAGGCUGAAAGGAAGAGAUGUGCUAAAAGCCGGCAUCGCCACGCAUUUCGUGGAAUCAGGAAAGCUACCUGAGUUAGAGAAAGACCUGAUAGCAUUGAAAUCUCCUUCAAAAGAAAAUAUUGCAGACUUGCUGAACUCUUACCACAUGCAGACCAAAAUUGACCAAGAAAAGGAGUUUGUCCUUGACGAACAUAUGGAGAGGAUUAACAGUAUUUUUUCAGCAAAUAGCAUGGAAGAAAUUGUUCAAAAGUUAAAGCAAGAUGGUUCUCCUUUUGCCACGAAGCAGCUAGAGGCUAUUAAUAAGAUGUCGCCUACAUCCCUAAAGCUGACUCUCAGACAACUCAGAGAAGGUGCUACCAUGAGUUUACAAGACGUGUUCACGAUGGAGUACAGACUGAGCCAGGCAUGCAUGAGAGGCCAUGACUUCUAUGAAGGGGUUCGAGCAGUGCUGAUUGACAAGGACCAGUCGCCCCGCUGGAAGCCUGCUGCUCUGGAAGAAGUCAGCGAUGAAUUCGUGGACAAUUGUUUUAAGCCUCUGGGAAACAACGAUCUCAAGUUGUAAAGAUCGCAUCUAUUGGCAUCUUACACAUCUGCUUCAUUUUAUGAUAUAAAAACUAAUAACUGCACGAUGAAGUUUGACAAGGCUCUCAGCCAGCCUGACUUCUAACUCUAUUUUUGCAUUCAGUACCAUUCUCUUUUGUUAUGCAGCUGUAAAGACAACAUGAUUACAUCUGUAGUUAAUAAGGGGAAAAAUGACUUCAAGGCAAAUAGUUAUUCUAUCUGCUGUUAGACCAUGAUUCAUAUUCAGCUUUAGACCUCAGACAUUGGGGGGAACCUUGCGGGGAGACAGCGCGGCUCAGGCACGAGCUAUGGAGCAGGAGGUGAGGAGCGUUCGUGGCUCGGAUGCUGGGCUGUUGGAGUGGGAUUGGGCCUCUGAUUCUUCUCUGUGCAAUGAAAUGAAGGUAUACUUAAAGCAUUAAAGCAGAGCUACAAAGCUAAAUGGCAGACAUGCUGAUUUCACGGUGUUAAGUAGUCUUUUAAAUCAAAGGUCAGACUGACAUAUGAUUAUUAGUCUGAGAGCAAGGAAUUGUUUUAUUGAUCUAACAUUUGGUCUGUGCACAGCCUCACCACGUGAUGCAGACAUUGUUUCAAAUGUCAUAAUAGUGCCAGAGCCUCAAGUACAUUUCUCUUUGCUUGUAAAAUCUAUUUUGUAAGAAUGCCAUUGAUUGAAUUGCAUAAUGAGCUUCUCAUGAUUUCAAGUGCUACUGGAGCUUUUCAUGCUCUCCCAGUAGCAAAUAAGUCACUGUCUCCAGCCUGCUCUGCCUGCAAGGAGCAUGUUGGCUGCUGGUGGCAGUGAGUGCCCAGUGACGCCAGUGGCAGCGGCCCUGAUGCUCACGUGGCUGCAGUGCGGCUGCACCAGGCCAGCUACCUUCACUUCUCCUUGUGCUCAGCAGCAUCCUGAGCUGGAGCCAUCCCCAGGUGCUCGGUGGGAAACUUGGGGCAGGUAGGAGGAAUGCAGCAGGAUGCACUGAUACAGAACAGCAGCAGACAGAACGGCUGCUGCUGCACAGACCCUGAGCUACUUUAACGCAACAAAUCCUCGCAAGCGUAGCUGUGGGGAUCAACAUUUAAACAUGCAAACUGAUUUCGGUUGCUAACAAUAUUUAAAGUUAUACAAUAGAACCAGAGGCCUCUGAUACCACUACCAUAUUGUAGAAGGGGGCAAUAUUUAUUCUUCUAUUGUGUCUGCAAAGCACAGCUACAGAUCUUUGUUCAGUGUGAAGGCUGCACACUUCUAUACACUCAAGCAAAUUGCACAUCAGCAUCUCUGACUUGUUUCCACAGUUAGAGACAGGUUACAAAUGCACGAUUUUGGAAGAGGAACCACUGGCAUUAAAGAAAGAACACUUCUGCUCAGUACCAUCAGUUUGCAGCACUGGGCCGUAAGAAAUACAGACCUUCCUAGAUGUUCCAGAUUCUUAAACAACAACUGUUCUUUACUUACUUAAAAAGAAACGGUCCAUUCCAUUGCUCCCAUACAAACGCCACCACUGUCAGCUGCUGGAUCCACUGAAUAACACAGCGACCCCCGGGGUGCAGGGGACAUCCCUUCUGUGCCUGAGAGGGACCUGCAGUAUUUGAGCUGCUGCUGAACCUGGGAGCAGCGAUGUGCACAUCUGUGUGCUUCCAAACAGGAUAUGAAAGGGAAUCAUCCGGAGCUCACUGUAACGAGACCCUCUCCAACGCAUGCCUCGUUCCAAAUAAAAGUCAUAAGCAGAUGGUCAUUCUAAUUUUAUUUGGUCCACAAGAAAAUAUUUUGCACAAAAAAUAUUGUAAAAAUA